AUAAAUAAAGCACGGAGAUAUCAUGCGGUGAUCGGACGGCAGUGAAGCGACAAUCGGGCGGCCUAUGAAUCUGAGCCGUCAGAUCUUUGCUCCGUCAGCUCAGCCAUCCGAUGCGGCGAAACGGAGGAAUCACGGCCGUCGAGUUAUUAUUGAAUUCAAUUUCAAAAGGCAGGAGGGAGAGAAAGACAAUACGAAGAGGAAAAAAAAAAAGAAUCUUUAAAAUCCGUCAAAAUCUCUCAUAAAUCAAAACCCCUGGCUGUAAUCCUCAAUUUUUCAAAAAUUUCUGCAUUUUGAAGUUGUGCAGGGGCCGAUCUUGCUGAUAAUAAAUCAAUUUUUUGAUAUAUUUGGAGAUAGUUAUAGGGCGAUGGAGCAGACCGUUCAGCCACAGCAAGGGGAGCUUCCUCCUAAAAAGCUUGUGAGGCAGCUGGAUUUCACGUCAUUUAACGGGGUAACAACAUCUUCUGUCAAUGCUCCUCCUCCUCCAGCUGCAGCUGCAGCUGCUGCUAUCGCUUCGGUCUCUUCUGAGCCCCCUAUGCGAGCGGCGCUGCCGGUUGUCGUAAAACCGGAAUCUCCAAGAGCGGCAAGGUCAAGAACAGUAUUUGAAUCUAAGGAAGGCACUCCAAAAAAAGCAAAACAGUGCAAUUGCAAGAACUCUCGUUGCUUAAAAUUGUAUUGUGAGUGCUUUGCAUCGGGAACAUAUUGUGAUGGCUGCAAUUGUGUCAAUUGUUGUAACAAUGUUGAUAACGAAGUUGUGAGACAGGAAGCUGUUGAAGCUACACUAGAGCGUAAUCCAAAUGCAUUUCGACCUAAGAUUGCCAGCAGUCCAAGUGCACAUCGAGACAGCAGGGAAGAUCUGGGAGAACUACCUCUUGCAGGAAAGCAUAAUAAAGGGUGCCAUUGCAAGAAGUCAGGUUGUCUGAAGAAGUAUUGUGAAUGUUUCCAAGCAAAUAUUUUAUGCUCUGAAAAUUGCAAAUGCUUGGAUUGCAAAAACUACGAAGGUAGUGAAGAACGAAGAGCUCUAUUUCAUGGGGAGAAUAAUACAAGUUUAAAUUAUGCCCAAUUGGCAGCAAAUGCUGCUAUUAGUGGACCGGUAGGUUCUGUAGGGUAUGCUUCUCCUUCUCCCAACAAGAAGAGAAAAACACAAGAACUUGUAUUUGGACAAGCACCAAAAGAACAUGUUCCUCAUAGGAUGACUCAGGGUUUGCAGCAGGCCAAUAUCCCGAAGAGUACUACUGUGAUAAAUGCUUCUGUCCCUGCUAUUCAAACAGUGCAUGCCACUGCACCUGUUGUGAUACCCAUGCCAUCCACAAAGGUUCAGUACAGAUCUCUUUUGGCCGAUGUAAUUCAGCCAGCUUAUGUCCAGGAUCUUUGUAAGCUAUUGGUUGUUGUCUCAGGAAAGGCUGCCAAAACAAGUGCAGAGGAAAAGGGUUAUCAAGAUGAGGGUGCAAAUACACAAACUGAGAAGGGGAAUGAUUUGGGAAGCAACAAAGACCCCAAGCUAUUGCAUGCUCAGAAUGAAGAUCGUACAAAUCAGAAUACACAAAUUGAUAGGUUGGGUCCUGAUCAAAGAGAAAAGCUAGCUGCUGGGGCAACUUCUUCUAACUGUGUGGAUGACUCAGAGUCAGAUGGUAUUGCCGAUAACCGCAAACAAAGGGCUAUGUCACCAGGAACUUUAGCUCUAAUGUGUGAUGAACAAGAUAGUCUUUUCAUGCCUUCAGCUUCACCUUCGGGAGAUCCUUCUAGGGGAUCUUACAAUCAACAUGCCUUGGAAGUUUAUGCUGAACAAGAGAGAGCUGUGUUAACAGAAUUUCGAGAUUGUCUUCGUAAGAUCAUCAGUGUUGGCACAUGGAAAGCAUCAAUGCAUCAACCGGCCCAAUAUUCAGAUGCAGUUAAAUCUGAAUUACCUGUUUCUGGAUCAAUGCAAAUCAAUCAACCAACUGUGGUUGUACCUAGGGUGGCCAGACCAGUGCCUUUUUUUUCUGAAGCUAUUACUGCUGCUUCUGUACCUGUAUCCACUACGGCUGUAGUUAAAACCAGCUUGCCAGGAAGACCCUUGGAAAAUGGGGAUAUUCAUGCCAGUGUUGAAACUGCACAAAAGUUGUGACCUAAAACAGAUACUGGCUUUCAGGUGAUAGAGAAUGACAACAUUAUUGGUGACAAAAAACAGCCACCAUUUGCAAAGUUGGCAGGAAGCAAGUUUUAAACCUUUAUAUUAUCACCAAAACUGGCGCUUGUUGCAGCUUAAUAAAUAGCUGCUUGUAUAACUAGAAUUUUCUGGGUAAAGUAACACCCAUGUGUUUCACUCGUCAUGUCAAGCUGAGCCAAUUUUCUUGUUGACCUGGUUUUUUGAUGUUUCACUGGUGUAAACCUUGAUUUUUAUCAUUACGGGUGGUUCAAUUUACUCUCUUCAAAAUGGCUCCAGUAUGCAUAUACAAAAGACAAUCUAUCACGCAGACACUAUUUGUCACGUUCAGUAUUGGAAACGUGUCUACCUUUGGGGAUAGUGCAUCUUCCCUAAUUCAAAGUUUUUGCAUGUAACUGCUCACUGUUUCAUCUGAAUUAGUUGCAUCAGCAUUGGGAGGAUGCUGAAAAGUUGUUUCAGAGUUAUUCUUCUGUGUUUUCAUUCUUUGCAUUGGAGGAGUGCUGAUUUCAAUCUUCAAGCAGAAACGAAAAUUCAGGGCUUAAUAACAGUAACACACUCCUUGCGCUUACUCUGGUAUUCUGAUGAACAAAGCUGAUUGCUUCUGAACAGCGUGGCCAAAUUUUACAGUGUAAGUCAUCUUUAGAAUGCAUGUCAGACAUUCAUCUCUACAGAGAAACUCCAUGUAUGUACCUUUAUUUGAGUAAACUGGCAUGCCAGACAAUUGUCUAUUAAAGUUGCCCUUUACAUGGAAGAUGACUGAUACUUUAUGAGAAUAA